CGCCGCGAGUGAAGUCGGCGCGGCCGCGGGGCGUCUGCAGAGCAGCUGGCGCGGCUGGGCCCGGGGCGCGCCGCUGCCCGCCGGGGCGGGGUGGAACUGAUCAGAAUAAUGUUCAACAUCAACCCCCUGGAGAACCUGAAGCUGUACAUCAGCAGCCGGCCCCCCCUGGUGGUCUUUAUGAUCAGUGUCAGCGCCAUGGCAAUAGCUUUCCUGACCUUGGGCUACUUCUUCAAAAUCAAGGAGAUUAAAUCACCAGAAAUGGCAGAGGACUGGAAUACCUUUCUGCUGCGCUUUAAUGAUUUGGAUUUCUGUGUGUCGGAGAAUGAAACACUGAAGCAUCCUACAAAUGACACCACUACUCCAGAAAGCACAAUGACCAGUGGGCAGGCCAGGGUAUCCACCCAGUCACCCCAGGCCCUGGAGGAUUCAGGUCCAGUUAACAUCUCAGUUGCAAUCACUCUAACCCUGGACCCACUGAAACCCUUUGGAGGGUACUCACGCAACGUCACCCAUCUGUACUCAACCAUUUUGGGGCAUCAAAUUGGACUUUCAGGCAGGGAAGCGCAUGAGGAGAUAAACAUCACCUUUACCCUGCCUACAGCUUGGAGCUCAGAUGACUGUGCUCUUCAUGGUCACUGUGAGCAAGUGGUGUUCACGGCCUGCAUGACGCUCACGGCCACUCCUGGAGUGUUCCCUGUCACUGUGCAGCCACCGCACUGUGUUCCUGACACGUACAGCAAUGCCACGCUCUGGUACAAGAUCUUCACGACCGCCAGAGAUGCCAACACUAAAUAUGCUCAAGAUUACAAUCCUUUCUGGUGUUACAAGGGGGCCAUUGGAAAAGUCUAUCAUGCUUUAAAUCCGAAGCUUACAGUUAUGGUUCCAGACGAUGACCGUUCAUUAAUAAAUUUGCAUCUCAUGCACACCAGUUACUUCCUCUUCGUGAUGGUGAUCACAAUGUUUUGCUAUGCUGUUAUCAAAGGCAGACCCAGCAAAUUGCGUCAGAGCAAUCCUGAAUUUUGUCCUGAGAAGGUGGCUUUGGCUGAAGCCUAAUCCCACAGCUGCCUGUUUCCUGAGAGAGACUGAAAGAACCAUAAUCAUUGCCUGCUGAACCCAGCCUGGGCCUGGCCACUCUGUGAAUACAUGAUGAUCUUGCAAUGUUGGGUUAUUCCAGCCAAAGACAUUUCAAGUGCCUGUAACUGAUUUGUACAUAUUUAUAAAAACCUACUUGGAAAUUGGUCCAAUGAUGCACGUGCUUUGCAAUGGGUGCAGCCAGAGCCCUUCAGCCUCACCAUGGGACUUGUGGACUGCAUAGUGCUAGAAGAGGAUGCAGGGGUCUAGCUGCCUGGGAGCAGGUGGUGAGCUUUCCACCAAGGUCACAGGCACGUUUCUUCACUGGUGGGGUCGAAGUUGGCUUUGGUUCUGUGUCAGCCUGGUAUGUACAGAAUGUUUGAAACAAGUCUGCACCUUUGAUAUGAUCUUGCAUUUCCAAAGCCACCAAUCCAUUUUGUGGAUUUUAAUGUGUGUGUGGCUUAAUCGUAGUAACAGCAGUAAUACCUUUUCUCAAUUUUGCUUGCAAGGAAACAUACCUAUUUCAGUUUUGGGUUACUUUUGGAAGGCAAAAUGAAUAAAAUAGUCACAUUUUAAUACCACUUUAGUUAGGAAAGAGUUGUGCUUUUAUCCUGAGUAAAAAGUUAAAUAUUUCAGCGCCACCUACAUGCUAAAGAUCUCAGCUUCAUUUUCUAUCUGGACAGUGAGGAACCUGGUCUUGCAGUUGCACAGAAUGUUCUCUCUUUCUGCCCUCUUGCCCCUUCCUGCUAUGAUAACAGUCAAAGCAGCUCUCUCACUCAGAAGGGCUUAAAAUUAAGUAAAUGGCUCAGUGUAGAUUAAAAAGGAGCUGUUCUAUUUUCUAGGAUGUAAAUGACAGUAUGAAAAGAGAGAAUGAUGACUUGAUAGAACAGCUAUGAAAAGGUUUGUGUUUUUGUUUUUCCAAGAGGAUGAAUUUUUCCACUCUUGGCAUUUAUUUCUAUGCAACUAACACAUCUUCAGAAAGAAAAUGGCAACUAGGGAGAUCUGUAACAUGAAAAGGGUGCCUGUGAAAUUGGAGAGACUGUAAGUCAGAGUUGCCAUUUAUCAAAGAAAACCAAAAAUAUUUUUCUUGGAAGAUUGUGAUCAUGUAGUUUCUGCAUCCUGUUUUCCUUCUGAUUCUUCAUUUUUAAAAUUUUAUUCUUUGUCUUACUGUUUUUCUUAAUAACUCUUAACCUAAAGAACUCAUCAUCAUUCUGUUCUGUCAGGCAGUGUGGGAGCAGGAGGGCAGUGAAAACACUGGACAUGGCUGUCAGUACUUCUUUCCUUUAGGUCUGUUGCCUGUUUUAAAUUAUGAUUAGCUCCUGCAGUCUGAAAUAUAUUGGCCUAGAACAUUUUAUCACAGGCACUCAUGAAUGGACCACAACUGUGGGCUUUGAUUUGUAAAAUCACGAAAUAAUAAGUUAAUAUUCCUUUUUCCCCUUUGAGUAUAUUUGAAGUGCAGUAAUCAUAUUUGUCUUCCCAUUUUUUUUGUAUGAUACAAGUUGCUUACAUAAUGCAUGGCUAACUUCUUAAUUUAGUUUUCCCUUUGGAGACUCUGAGACCCUUUAUGAGACAAGAUUGAAAAAGAGCCCUUUGGCUUGGCCUUUAGAAACGUCCACAUCAUUAGGAGAUUAAGCUGCUAUGAGUUAAUAAAAUCCCAGUGAAGUGGAGUUACAGGAGUGGAGUUGUAACUGGCAGAGUCAUAUUAAAGGAAAGAGAUAAGUGAUGAAAGUCCAUUUCACUGGUCUCUUCUAUCCAGCUUGUUACCCAGGAGAAUGACUCUGUUCAAGUGAUGAGGAAUGGCUGGAAUCUAGCCAGGGGAGGAAGGAGACUGUCAGGCAUGAGGAGAGGAAGUGCCAAAAAUGCCUGGACAAUGUGACUUCUCAUGAGGCCAGAAUGCACGCUGUAAAAUCCAACAUUCAUGCUAGUAGGUACUCCUCAAAGAUAUAACAGAGAUGCAGCAGUGUGUGAAGGUGGGUGGAAGAAGGCUGGGGAGGAGAGGGGACUGGGGCCCUGGCUGAGGAGGCCUCAUGCCUGAAGAGGUUUCCACAGAAUCUCAGAUGCUCUGGAUUCUGUGACUACCUGGGCACCUAAGACAAGGCCUGUUCCUCAGCUGUACUUGCUGGUGGACUUGAGGAUGAGAAGAGCGUUCCAGCAGUGGCCUGGGCCAGAAGCACUGGCUCUUCCUCAGGCAUCUUGCACUGGAGGUCCAUUAGAAGGUGAGCACCUUCCUACUCAAUGGUUGUUUCAGAUCAUAUUGAUCUCUUUCCUUUGUCUUUUUGUCUUUUCACUGUAUGACUUGAAUCAGUUUUGAUUCUAUUUGUAAGUUUUUCUCAUUAUUAGGAACCCGUCAUUUCUGUUGCAUUUUCUUGGGCAGUGUGUAGGGAUUCAGCAUCCUGGUUUUUCGACCCUCCUGCAGGCACUGUGGGGUGACGAGGGCCAGCAGAUCCAUUUCCCUUCUCUUGCUGCAUGAUGGUCAGUUGCUGAUCUGUUAGGGCAUUCACUCCCUGAUUAAUUUUCUGUGUUUGAAAUCUGUGCGUAUGUGCUUUACAGAAUAAAACAUCUGAGUUUA